AUGAGUAAGAGAUCACCUAAUACACCUAUUGCAGGUCUACAGAAAAAGUUGAAGACAUCUCAAUUGGGUACAAAUAAUGGUGCUGUUGAAAGUGAUGUCGCAACUAGGCUUCGUCGGCAGCUUUUGGUAGUACAAAUAGAGUUGGAUAGAGUAAAGACGCUUAACAAAUUUUUGGAAUGGGAAAGAACUAUGCAAGUUCAUCACUAG